GACAUGCAGUAGGCAGCUUCCGGCCGCAGUACGUGUUCGGGUUCAGCGAUUUUCAGUCAAAUCAGCCGGUUUCAGCCCUGAGGACUGAUUUACCAACCAAGAACGAAAGAAGAUGCCAUUUUGUGAAAGCGUAUGUAGCUGUUGUGCCAGAAUGUGUGCGCUCGUAAUGCUGACUAAUACUGCGACACACAGGGUACUGAUAGGGCCUGCUCCACCCAGCUGCCCUGGUCUCAAGGCCAUGCCCUCUCAGCAGCACAUUCUCUGCUUCAUGACAAUACUCGGCGAUACACGGCAACGGGGCCGCCCUGCUCGGCUCACGCGCGGUUUGGCUCCGGGGGUCUCGACGGCUCGGCCGUUUGGCUCCUGCGCGGGCCUUUGGACUCCCCCCAUUGCACAUGCUCCACGACACUCCUGUCCCGCGCCCCAGGGCGCCCGAGCCCCUGUUAUAAGCCCUACAGAGGCACUCACUUGGCAUAGUGGAUCGGAGCUGCCUGUCUUGACAGUGCGCCCCCACAACCUAAGCGUAUUAAUACCAGUCUCGUUUUUCCUCUUCCUCGUUCCUAUCCCCCCGGCCAUACCUCUCGUUCCUACGACACCUAACCAGUUCUUCAUACCUUCAACGCUUUCGGUCCUCAUGGCCUGCCGCCGGUCCUCAGCGACGGCUGCCGUCGCCGUGCUGGCGAUGGCGAUUCUGUGCCUCAUGGGCGCGGCCCAGGCCCGCAAGACCGCUGCAGUCUUCCGCAGCUCCACGGGUCGCAUGCUGCAUGCUCGGCAACACUGUGAUUUGCCCAGCUCAGCCUUCGUCCGAUUGCUCGGCCUUCUACUCGAGCUGCGCCUCCAUCACCUGCACGAACCUUGUGGUCACCAUUGACGUGACCGGCAGCGGCUGCAAGGGCGGCACCUACUCCUGGGGCGCGUGCCUGAAGUGGGGCUUGGGCGACACCCGCUGCGGCCUCAUGACUUCUUGCGCCGGCACCAACAAGGGAGACUAUUGCGAUGGCUUCACCAAGGUCUCUUUCGCGAUCGACCAGAGCGACACCAAAGUGGGCAUCCAGAUCCACGACGGUACCUUCACCACCGGCACUAACAACUGCACCACCACCAACCCUCUGGGCACCGGCGGCUGCUGGGCUGGCUCCAACCAGUGCCAGACCUGCGAGUACGUGUACACCAUCCCCAGCUCAUGCAAGACCAAUAGCAAGCCUCCUUCCCCGGCCCCUCCUUCGCCGGCGCCUCCUUCCCCCGCUCCUCCUUCGCCGGCGCCUCCUUCCCCCGCUCCUCCCUCGCCGGCGCCUCCUUCCCCCGCUCCUCCCUCGCCGGCGCCUCCUUCCCCCGCUCCUCCCUCGCCUGCCCCUCCCUCGCCUUCUCCUCCCUCGCCUGCCCCUCCUUCUCCUGCCCCUCCCUCGCCUGCUCCUCCUUCUCCUGCCCCUCCCUCGCCUGCUCCUCCUUCUCCUGCCCCUCCUUCGCCGGCUCCUCCUUCCCCCGAGCCCCCGUCGCCUGCCCCUCCCUCGCCUGCUCCUCCUUCUCCUGCCCCUCCCUCGCCUGCUCCUCCUUCUCCUGCCCCUCCCUCACCUGCGCCUCCCUCCCCCGAGCCCCCGUCGCCGGCCCCUCCCUCGCCUGCUCCUCCCUCGCCCGCUCCUCCUUCGCCCGAGCCGCCGUCACCCGCCCCUCCCUCGCCUGCUCCGCCUUCUCCUGCCCCUCCUUCGCCGGCUCCUCCUUCCCCCGAGCCCCCGUCGCCGGCCCCUCCCUCGCCUGCUCCUCCCUCGCCCGCUCCUCCUUCGCCCGAGCCGCCGUCACCCGCCCCUCCCUCGCCCGCUCCUCCCUCCCCAGAGCCGCCGUCGCCCGCUCCCCCUUCGCCCGCCCCUCCGUCCCCCGAGCCCCCGUCACCUGCUCCUCCCUCGCCCGCUCCUCCUUCGCCCGAGCCGCCAUCACCCGCCCCUCCCUCGCCCGCUCCUCCUUCGCCCGAGCCGCCGUCACCCGCCCCUCCCUCGCCUGCGCCUCCCUCCCCAGAGCCGCCGUCGCCCGCUCCCCCUUCGCCCGCCCCUCCGUCCCCCGAGCCCCCGUCACCUGCCCCUCCCUCGCCCGCUCCUCCUUCGCCCGAGCCGCCGUCACCCGCCCCUCCCUCGCCUGCGCCUCCCUCGCCAGAGCCGCCGUCGCCUGCUCCCCCUUCGCCCGCCCCUCCGUCCCCCGAGCCCCCGUCCCCUGCCCCUCCUUCGCCCGCUCCUCCUUCUCCCGAGCCCCCGUCGCCUGCCCCUCCCUCGCCCGCUCCUCCAUCUCCCGAGCCCCCGUCGCCUGCCCCUCCGUCUCCCGCGCCUCUUUCACCUGCUCCGCCCUCUCCCGCACCUCCUUCCCCUGCUCCUCCCUCUCCCGCUCCUCCCUCUCCCGCACCUCCCUCUCCCGCUCCUCCUUCCCCUGCUCCUCCCUCUCCCGCUCCUCCCGCGCCCAACGCGGCCUCGUGCUCCAGCGGUACCUGCCCUGCUAUGAGCUACUUCACCGCUGCCGGCAUCCCCAGCGUGGACAGCUGCACGCCCUGCACGUCCAAGGACUGCCUAGUCGAGAGCAGCGCGGGCGACUUCGCCAAGCCCCUGACGGCCCAGAACUUCCUCAACACCUACAACUGCCUGGCCAAGCCCAACGGCGUGUUCAGCGGCACCAACCCCGUCACCGGUCAACCCCAGGACUACACCCUGUACAGCCCCAUGGUCACCUCUACCUACCCCGGCCUGAACUCCUUCUUCAGCGCCACCACCUCCACCGGCGCCGCCGUGGCCGUGGCCUGCUACACCGACACCACCUACACCACCGUUGCCAACUACCUGUACGUCUCGCGCGUCAACACCGCCGCCGACAACUUCAAGUGCCUGACCUGCAAGUGGUUUGCCGUCUACUCCGUCAACCCCAGCGCCUGCAAGUGCAGCACUGACACCGCCUGGGCCAUUCCUCCCAAGGCCGUCAUGGAGAGCCUGUCUUCCACCGCCGGCACCGAGCAGCAAAUCCCCGCGCCUGUGGGCAGCGUCUUCUGGAACGCCCGCCAGGACGCGUCCAAGGCCAACGCCUGGGGCGGCUACUUCCGCAUUGUGCCCCCUCACGACGUCAGCGCCAUCUACGAGUUCGACGUGUGUGCCGGCUGCGGCCAGAACCGCGUGUCCAAGGGCUUCAUCAUGGGCCGCCUGCAGUUUGUGCUCACCAACCUCAACGGCAAGACGUCCAUCACCACGUUUGUGGCGCCGUCGCUCACCGCCUCCACCACCUCCAGCGUGCUGCACAUGUACCAGUCCUUCAUUGCGCCGCCCUCCCUAACGCCCGGCCAGUUCUCGAAGUUUACUGGCGUGGUGGGCCCCGCAACCACGCCCUUCACCUACGGCGCCUCUUGGGCUUCCACCGUCGUCACCGGCACCGUCAAGUCGGGCAGCAGCUCCUACCCCGUGCCCUCGACCGAGCCCAGCAAUGGCCUCUACGUGGCCAUCCACUUGACAGUCGGCGGCUCCAUGUGCUUCUAAGCUGCUGUUGCUCUUGUGGAUAGCGUUGCGUGUGAUGUUGUGUGUGUGGUGAGGGCCUGAGUGUCAUUGACCUGUGAGCUGAACUGCGCGAAUAAGACGCGCGCACAUGUGGUGCGUUUUGGGCUUACUGCCAAGUGCAGAUUGCUUUUGCACGUUGAUUGGCUGCUUACGCGGCCCAACACUGCUAGAUAGGAUUCCAUGUGCAUCGUCGCUCAAGAGGGAAGGUGGACACAGGAUAGCGCGUUUCUUGUGUUUUUGAGGGAAUACCUUAACCGGAUUCUGGUGUUGCAUCAAGCACAGCAGGGCAGCAGUAGUAAAGAGAGCGAGGUUGAUGUGCCCAGUCGAGACUCAAUACAGCGCAGGCAUCGUACAACCCAACACCAUGUUGGACGUGUGUACGAUAGCGCAUCAAGCACACAGUUUCAAGGUGUUUCUAUGAUGCACAUGCAGUGUCAUUAUUGCUGUGCAAACCCCCUGUAUAUUGUAUGUACAUGCCACCCAUUCAUGAAUCGCGGCCUGUGUUUUGGCAGCACAUGCGUUCCCCACUGUAAUAUCUCGG